ACGCCGCUGUCUUGGGGAGCGCGGUUGAUCACUCCGGAGAUCCGCGGUCGGGAGCUCAGUGCCACAAGAUGGACACACUGUCGCCCAAUGUCACCAGUACUUGGGGAAACGAGAGCCAGAAGCGACCUUCCCCGGGCAACCAGUUCAUCCAGCCCUUCUGGCAGAUCGCGCUGUGGUCCAUCACCUACGGCUCGGUGGUAGCCGUGGCCGUCUUCGGCAACCUGAUCGUCAUCUGGAUCAUCCUAGCGCACAAGAGAAUGCGCACGGUGACCAACUACUUUCUGGUCAACCUCGCCUUCUCCGACGCCUCCGUGGCUGCCUUCAACAUGUUGGUCAAUUUCAUUUACGCCGUCCACAACGACUGGUACUUCGGAGAGACUUACUGCCGCUUCCACAACUUCUUCCCCAUCGCCGCCGUGUUCGCCAGCAUCUACUCCAUGGCGGCCAUUGCCGUAGACAGGUACAUGGCCAUUAUACAUCCUCUACAGCCAAGAAUGUCAGCAACUGUAACGAAAGUCAUCAUUGCAAGCAUUUGGGGUUUGGCCACAGUUCUUGCAUUCCCUCUGUGCUAUUACUCAGAAAUCAAACAACAGCCAGGGCGUGUUCUUUGCCAACUGAAUUGGCCAGGAGAUUUCAUAUACCAAAUUGCUUUGCUGAUUCUGGGAUAUGUGCUGCCAUUAAUUGUGAUGAGUAUUACCUACGCCAUUGUUGGAAUCACGCUGUGGGGUGGAGAAAUUCCUGGGGACACAUCUGACAGCUACCAUGACCAGCUCAAAGCUAAACGAAAGGUUGUUAAAAUGAUGAUUGUGGUGGUUUUCACCUUCACCGUUUGCUGGCUGCCCUACCACGUCUUCUUUCUCGUCACCAAGCAGUAUCCAAAAGUAAACACCUGGAAGCCCAUACAACAAGUUUACUUGGCUGUGUUUCUACUGGCAAUGAGUUCCAACAUGCACAACCCUAUCAUAUACUGCUGCUUGAACAGCCGAUUUCGUGCUGGGUUCAAGAGGGCUUUCCAGUGGUGCCCCUUCAUUGUUUUUUCUACCUACGAUGAACUGGAACUACAGUCGACCAGGUUUCACCCCACUCGGCAGAAUAGCGCCUACACCAUCACCCGCAUGGAGUCCAACAUGACAGUGGAGUUCGAAACAUCUAAAACUGAUAGUGUGGAGGCAUGCAGGAAAAAGGGUGCAGCUGCACGAAAUGUGAGUUUCAAUGGACAUGCUCGAAAUAAUUCUAAAAACACUUCCCGAAGUUCGACUUACUUUAGCCAAGUAAGCACAUCUUUGGACGACUACUCAUAGAGCAACAGAUUGUGUUAUUUAAUUUGUCAACUGGGCAUGCACAAUUGGUGCCAUUCAACAUGGAGGCUGUUUCCUGGAUGUCAUUUUGGCUUUGAAAUUACAACUCUCCCCACUUGAGGCACAAAGCCUUAGGUUCAAUCCCAUUUCAGCACUUGGACUAGUGAGGUGACGUUGCUAUUACUGCACUGGUAUCAUUUGAAUGAUGAAAUUGGGUCAUUUUUCAUGACCUCCAGGGGGUGAAAGCAGAACUGAAUUCCACUGUUGAUUCUAAUCACUGCAACCGCAUGGCUAAUAGGCACCCAUGUUUAUACAAGUUGGUUCCCGUUGUGGCUUGUUAAUGCGUAUUUCACAUACAAGUGCCUACAGUGUUGAAUCUCUAUUGCCAGGUGUAGUAUUACCUGGCCAAUGGUUCAUAAAGACCAAAACGGAUAACCUGAGAAACUGUAGGACCAGUUUUAGCAAACAUGCAGUGAGCAUUAGGUAGCACAAUUCCAGUAACUUUUUAAUGUUUUGUCUCAGUCUUUGAGGAACAUCAGAGUUGUCCUGACCAAUGGCAACCACUCAGUAGCAAAAAAAAAUAGAUGGGUAUUUAAGGGCCUGUCCCACUUAUGCGUCCUUGUCUCGCAAAUUACGCAACCUCGUGGUCACUUGAGGCAUACGGGCACCGUAUGGCCGCGCGGGGCCGGUCCCACUUAGAAAUGCGGAGAGGUAUGGAAUUGUGCAGGGCUGGUCCCGACAUCGCGUUGGGCUCCGAAAUUCUUGCAGUGAACAAAAUCUUUGCGCGCCAACGGCCUGUCGCGGAACUGACGGCCAAAGUGGGACAGGCCCAAGACCCUGGCGCGAAACAAUGUCUCACCUUCACCAGCAGAAGCAGGCAAACGAUCGCCGAACUCGGCCUGGGGCUCACGGCCGUUGCGGUCCGGAUCCGCCCCCACUUCUACUCCCAGAGCAGGGCCAAGAAAAUUGAAGAUAGACAUAAAAUGCAGGAGUAACUCAGCGGGACCGGCAGCAUCUCUGGAUAGAAGCAAUGAAUGAUGUUUCGGGUCAAGACCUUUCUUUUCAGACUGAAGAAGAGUCUCGACACGAAACAUCACCCAUUGCUUCUCUCCAGAGAUGCUGCCGGGCCCGCUAAGUUACUCCAGCUUUGUGUCCAUCUUCAAAUGACGUCUUGCGCUCCAGACAGCUGUGCAUACGCAUGUAAUCGCGCCCGACCUUCGCUCGACCGUCUUGGCUCAACGCGACCACGAGGUUGCGUAAUUUGCGUGCCAAGGACACGUGUAUGGGACAGGCCCUUUACUCUUUCUGGGAUCACUGUUCAAAAUCUUUUGUCUUUCCCAAUGACUAUGCUUAAAAACGUGAUUAGUUAAAAUCUGAGGCCUGCAGUUGUAAUAGGUGCUCUCAAGUUUCACGUUUGUUCUUUUCCUUACAAAAAAUUAAUAGAAGGUGGAAAUAGGGCCAUGGUGUACUAAGUACCUUUUGGAAAUGCUCAGUAGAAGCAGGAUGUGCCCCAUGUACCAUUUCUGUUCUCUCACUAC